GGGGGGGGCGGUAUAACAGGCCAGCGCGUGCGGGUGUAUAAAUGCGUGUGUGCGCUCGCGGCGACUUCCCGGUGUGUGUGUGCGCGCGCGUGCAUGUGAGCAGUGUGGAGGAACACAGACAUGGCAGACCAGGCAUUCGUCACCUUGGCCACAAAUGAUAAUUACGCUAAAGGAGCGGUGGUGCUCGGGAAGUCCUUGAGGAACCAUAACACUUCCAAGAAGCUGGUGGCGCUCAUCGGACCCCACGUGUCAGAACUGUCCAGGGCAGUGCUUCAGACGCUGUACGAUGAGGUCAGGCUGGUGGACGUGAUGGACAGUGGGGACACGGCGCACCUGGCCAUGAUGCAGAGACCAGACCUGGGCGUGACCUUCACUAAGCUUCACUGCUGGAAGCUCACACACUACUCCAAAUGUGUGUUUAUGGAUGCAGACACUAUGGCGGUUGCGAACAUCGAUGAGCUUUUUGACAGAGAGGAGUUAUCGGCGGCUCCGGAUCCCGGAUGGCCCGACUGCUUCAACUCCGGUGUGUUCGUCUUCCGGCCCUCUAAUGAGACCUACGGCAAACUCCUCGAGUACUGUACAGAGCACGGCAGCUUCGACGGUGGAGAUCAGGGAGUUCUCAAUGGUUACUUCAGCGACUGGGCUACAGCAGACAUCAGAAAACACCUCCCGUUUAUCUACAACAUGAGCAGCAUAGCAAUCUACACUUACCUUCCUGCCUUUAAACAGUAUGGAGCAAACGCUAAGGUGGUCCACUUCCUUGGAAAGACAAAGCCAUGGAGCUACGCCUACGACCCUAAUCAGAGGAGAGUGCAAGGGGACGUGCAGGAAGCCUCAUCGCACCCCGGGUAUCUCCUGGAUUGGUGGAGUCUUUACAGCAGCUGUGUGCUUCCGCUGAAGAAGGAGGAACAUUCUGAGCAGCCUUUUAUAUUCAGCGUUCGGGAGGAGUCUCAUGCGCAGACUCAGGCUCAGGCCCUGCCCGGGCCGCCUCCCCUCUCCUCAGCCGAGCGUAAACAGCGCUGGGAACAAGGCCAAGCAGACUACAUGGGAGUGGACUCUUUCGACAGCAUCGAGAAAAAGCUUGUUGCUUUCCUGAAAUAAGAAGGGAUGGGCGGGGGGUGGGGUUGCAGGGGAAGGGGGCGACGUUUGUAAAAGAGCUCCUUUACAGUUUGAGUGAUGGUUUUGAAAAGUCAAAGUAGGUCCCAUGGCUGCAGUGCCACCCUGACUGGUUUUUCCUUCAGCUAUGCAGAACUGUCACUGCAGCGUGCCACCAAUUUUCUUUUCUUAAAACUUUUGUACACUGUGAAACUGGUAUUCAUUUUCUUCACAAAAAACAGAUUUUUCUUUUACUAUAUUCCAGAUAGGCAUUUUUUUUCCUAAACCGAGCCGAAUUCCGCUGUUAACACAGAGGAGAUGACGCUUUAAUAGCACAGAUUUCCGGCACGGCGUUGUGUUCUCGUAGUUCACCAGUAAGAAGUCUCUUGAGGCUGGGUCACAUGACUCGCUCUCAUUCAGUAGUGACGUCUGUUCAAGCACUUUUUACUUAAAGCACUUCGACCUUAAAAUUAGGAUUUAAUAUAUUUUUGCUUCAAGUUGUUCCCUUGGUUUCACCAGUGUUUAUGGUCGCUCACAGGAAAUCUGAGUUUUCAUGCACUCGAGUCAUUCUGGAUGUCUACAGUAGUCCAUGUCCACGUAACCCGAGGUGAAUCUGUCUUCACCUUCGCUGAUGCUGCUGCUGUCCUCUCUCUCUGUCUCAUUGCAAGUGUCUUACAUUUUCAUCUGCACAAUAAACAUUGGUGAGAUUGUUAAA